ACGCAUUCCCUGCACGGCAUCGAAGAAGAUGUGGAUCCUGAUGUUGUCUGGACACCGGCCUACUACGGAGAUGUCGAGGAUUUUGAUGCGAAGGAGGAGGAGGUGGACGCCAACCACAAUUGGCUCAUCUUCUCCACCAGAGACGCACAUCUCCUCCUGAAGAAGGGUCCACACGGAGACUCCUACCCUAUCACCGGUCGCUAUGACGCCCACAUUGAUGGCCGCGUCGUCACAGGAAAGUUGCUCUCCGAACUGAUAAGGAGUGUACAUAAGGAGGGUGAGGAGACCGAAGCAAAGCAACGCAAUCGCGUCUCUCUCGUCUACUACAAGGACCUGCAGCAUUAUGCGGGCCGCGCAGAAAUGAAGGCGCUUGGGAGGGAGGACACCACCACAAUCGUUAAGAAGGGUGAAUUCGGUGGCAUUGCGGUGACAUCGUAUCCCAACGAGGAGGCCUUGAUGUCGGUCUGUUGA